GGCUGCAUACAAAAACUAACACAGGAAACACUGAGGGUGAGGCUUUUGAUCACAACCUUCAAGGACUUCUCACAUGUAAAGAGAUCGAUGCCGAUCAACAGAAAUUUUUAAACAACAAUAUGCCAGUAUCACAAAGAUGAGUCGAAAUAUUUUGUUCACGCCCUGCACUGACAACUACAAGAAAACAGAACAAAUCAGACCAAGAAUGCACAAGACGAAGCCCUCCAAAAACAAACCUGCCACUGUCUAAAAGAAGAGUGAAGACCUAAAGCUGUAGGCCAGUUCACCACACAGGAAGUCAUUCUAGGUUACUGCAGUGGGCUGCUUAACUCUGACAGUCUGACUUGAAGCAUACCAGGUGUUUUUGUCUGUGUGUAUGGGAGUAUAACCAGCAGGCAGGGAUUUCUGGACACCCUUUGAUGUUCUUGUUGUAAAAGUCUUCACAAAAGCUGCAGAGAGAAGGAACAGCCAUGAGUCUGCUGUGAUAAUGGAUCGUGGCAGAACAGACAGAAACAGAAAUCAAAGACGUGGUAACUACAACAACCCCGUGGAGCAUGAGUACGACGUGGUGGAUGACCAAGAGGAAAUGCUCAAUGUGCACAUAUUUCCAGCGAGGCCAAUAAACGAAGAGAGAGAGUACGCAGACAGGGAUCUUCCGAGGUCAUUAUCAGCUCAGAGUCUUUCUUCACUCGCCACUGGUAACUCCAACAUCGUCCCUAGAUGUCCACCCAGAGACAUCCCACAUUCUGUAGGGCCUGCUGUCAAUAGAGAUCUGAAGCCCAGCAGAAGAAAGAUCAUUUUGGAUAAGAGGUCCACACCUGUGCAGCCAGAAGAGCAGCACUCAGACAGGCACUCUCCAUCGCCUCCACCGUCUGCCCUGGAGUUAGUGAAUCACUUGCCUGGACCGAAUGUACGCAAACCCUGCAGGAGAGAUCAACAACAAAAGGCAACUAAAAGAUCAGAAUUCAGUUCACAUGCCAUAGAUCUACAGACUACAGAAAGUGUUUCAACCACCCUUACCAAUCAAAGACAUUCUUUGGAUUUGGAGACUCAUAAUCUAGAAAUAAGGCCACAACAAAAUCUAGCAAGGGUGCCAUCAAAACGUCACCAUGAGUGGCCUCAAACUAAAGAAGACUUUAACCAACAUGACUUUGUUCCAAAGGAAAAGCCUCAACAGACCUAUUGUGAAGAAGACUGGUAUGUUGGGGCUUGCAAUCGAAACGAUGCUGAGCACGCCUUACACCUGGUGAACAAGGACGGGGCAUUUUUGGUACGAGACUGCUCCAUGAACUCCAACAGCGAACCCUUGGUAUUGGUUGUAUAUCAUGAAAAGAAGGUUUACAACGUAAAAAUUCGGUUCAUGGAGAGCACUGGCAAGUACGCCCUGGGAACAGGACAACGAUCAAAGGAUAUGUUUGACUCUGUGGCAGACAUCAUCAAGUUUCACACCAUAUUCCCAAUAAUACUUAUCAGUGGGAGAAGUUUGUCUGGAAGCAAAUAUCCAGAAAACUGUGUGCUGACCUGUCCGGUAACAAGGAGUGAUGUUGAGAAGCUCCUACAAUAGCACGUGCAACUGUGUAUGCAAAAGAAAGUGUUUGCUUAUGUCAAUAAAAAAAAUAUACUUCAUCCAGGGCUACAAGCUAACUUUUAUUUUUUAUUCUGAAUUAACCUGUUGAUAAUUUUUAAUUAACCAUGAAGAGCAGUUUCACACUUGACAGACACCGGUACCACUUUCUGAUAAGGCAUCAUUUGUAAAGAAUUUAUUAUUGGCUUUAUUAAUGGAGUGGUUGGUUAAUGUAUCAGUUAUAAGCCAGUUAUUGUAUUAAUAAUAACAGCUUUUGGGCUCCUCCAGCAA